GUGCUUUCGUAAAACAAUAAAUUAUUAGUUGACUUUCGUAUGACUAUAGUGCAUUGACCCGUGAAGUGAGUUUGUAGCAAAGAGUACCUAAAAUUAUUAAAUACUUAGGGUUGACAUGACAUUUUUCUCAGUUGCUUUGAUUUGUCAAAUUCAAAUGUUUACACGUUAAUAAUGGCGAAUAAUAAUAGUGUAUAAAUAUUUAGGAUUUUUCCGGCAAUUAUAUCGUAUUUUGGUGCUUAUACUCUUAUUUAUUGUGAAUCUUAUACAAAGGGAAUUGAAAUGGAGACGUGUGUGAGAGGAUUUUCUUUUAUGGCCGAAAACAAAGUUGACAUGGUGGACUUGCAGUUCAUAGAAGGCGGUGAGUUAGAGAGGGCGUGGCGAAGCAACCGGAGGGAACGAAUGAAACAGCGCGAACAGAAAAUAUGGGACAAAUUCGUGGAGGAACAAGAUGUGGUCAAAGGAGUUUGUACUGAUGACCCGUACCAGUUUUUGGAUCAGUUGCCAGAAUCCUGUUUGAAGGAGAUAAUGGAUAACGAACGCCAGAGAAUACCUAAAGCAAAAUCUGUCGAGGAGAUAAAAGUUAAGGAGCUUCCACAGCCCAGUACUGGUAACCAUCCUUCUGGAGACGACGGCCAGCACACGUGUGUGGUCACCUUCGCUGACGACAUCGAAAAGGACGAAUGCGAUAUGUUCCACAUCUUCGAUGAUGACCAGUCAGGACUUGAAGAAGAAGUCCUGAAUGAACCCAUGAGCCCGGAGACUGUGAGAGAUAAUCAAGUGGAACACUCCCCUCAGCCCACGGAGAGACAUAUCACCCUUGAAAAAACGUCAAGUAAGUCAUCUGAGAAUGUAACGCACAUGAUUGAGAGCAGUAUCUACUGCGCCAAGGUGAAGGACCUUAGGAUGAAGAUUAACGAAGAGCUAAUAUCUUUAAUGACUACGCUAGAUCGUCGCGAUAUACUCACUUCAGAACCGGAUGACAUCAUGCGCAUGGUGAAGAGAUCUGCAGAGUUCUGCGGCCGCUUCAACAGGAUCUACAUGUAUCAGCUGCAGCGACAGGUACAUGACAUCAAACGCAACAACAGCGUCUCGUUGCCAUUCGCAAAGCACACACAGUUCCAGUCGCAGAUGGUUAGGAUCGUGUCUCUGCACCAGAACAUGUUGCAGUCUUUCCAGGUGUUCCACAAAUCAGUAUCACAGACGUGUUGUGUCCGCGAGAGUGCGAGUGCGCUGGGCUCACUGAUUGCGUGCGUGCGCGACUCCACGCACAUGUGCCUCAACGUGCCGCCGCCCAAGGACUUCACUGCCGCCCUCGACUUGUACAAGGAUGACCUGAUAAUGACGUGCGAUAAAGUCGACGAGUUCGUCGGCGAGUACGCAAUCCGAUGUGAGGAGUUUCUUAACAGUUUCGUUAAUGUGAAUACGAAUACAAGAAAGGCACCAAAGAAGCAAAUGAAGAAACGGAGCAUCGGAAAUUGGAACAAAAGUUCAGUGAAGAAUGACACCGAAGCUCGACUAUCGAUGUAUUCCUUGGAUACUCUGCGACUGAACUUACAUCCCAAGUCUACGAGCUUAAAGGAUAACCAACCCAGCACGGUUAAAAAUCGUGUCGCUAAAGAACCAGCCCCUCCCAACUGCAAGCGUGGUCAAACUCAAAGCGAAAAACCCGCAGAGACAGCCAAGGGCCUUAAAAAUAGGUCCCGUCGGCCACUCAUGCGCGACCCUCAUGCUGGACGACCAAGAGCACCAAAGCCAAUUCGCGAAAACGAUAUACGCACUAUGGUCGAAGCUGUUGAAACAUGUGCAUCGAGCCACAUUAGUCGCGAGGCGAGUCCUCGUCCUUUGGGCACAGUGCAGGGCUGCCUGCGACGGAAGGCUGGCACCCCGCGCCGGCCCAUGCAUACACCCUGCACGCUCACUCCACUGGGGCCACUCACUCCACUUAGAACAUACUCACCACUCAGAAGCCCAUCACCACUUAGAAGUCACUCACCACUCAGAGCUGCAUCACCGCUAAGACCUAACUCGCCAUUUGGUCCUCUUAUGCCCCUCACGCCUCGUACGCCUCACACGCCACUGGCGUUGCAAGCACGUCACACUCCACGAGUGAACCACGCCGGCCCGCCGUAUCAUACGCCGCGCAAUACGCAUGAUCCGCAUAAACCCAAGGUCCAGCCAUCGCCGAGGAUCAAAAAACGUCCAGAGGAGAAACCGAAGCGUCCUCUUAACUUCACCACCACAGUGAAAGAGGCCGCUAGUGGGACAAGAACCGACCUUGAAUCUGUAGACAUGAUGACCCCAGUCUGCAAGAUACAGUGCGCCAUGAAGAAGAACUUGGAACUUGAAGAGACGAAGCAAAGUGCCAGAGAACAGUCUAUAAAGAAGUCGCCGAGUAGGCAUCCAGUGGAUCCGAAUGAGAAGAAAAAGCCGUUACAGGGUUUCCCUGAUACUCCUCGAUUAGUCCCUGGGCUAAAACUACAUGGUUCUCCAAAGAGAGAUGGCGAGGACCCUGCCAAGUAUGGAGAAUGCAGCAAAACUGAUAAAGAGGCGUCACCCGCACCACAAAGGGAGCCGUCGAGUGACAAGAAGGAUAGGAGUAAGCAUUCUAAUGUUUGCAUUCUAAAAGAUCGUAAACUUGUUGAAACAUUGCUUGUAAAAUGA